AUGCACUCGAUUCUCGAAAUUUAUGACCCUAAAAAGAGAAACGACAUAGUUCAGAGCUAUUUGAAAAACCGAAAAGAGCACAAAGUUAAAAACCUACAAGAGCGUUCAGACUUGGAACAUAUAGAAGAUCAUAGAAUAGAUGUAUUUAAACCAAUUUUAGAAUCAAAUAAAAAGCUUCAAGAAGAAAUAAUUGAUGAGAAAAACAAAAUAGUUGAAACUCUGAACAACUUCAAACCUCUUUCUCAACAUUCAAUAGGUACACCGACAAUAAAACAAAAGAGUCUUAUUAAACAACCAUCAGUGCAUUUACCGAAAGAAAUUUUACCUAGUUCAUCUUCCCCUCUUGUAGUUAGUAGUCUAAUUGUUAGUUAUCUUCAAGACAACUCCGAUAGAAGUAAUGCUGGCUAUUCUGUUAAGUUUGACAAAGAUGAAAAAAAGUAUACUAUCGGUAACAAAGAUAUUACGUUUACCCAGAACAUGAUCAAGAUUAACAAUGAUGAGUACACUGCAACUGAAGGAUUAAUGGAGCUCUUAACCAAAAAGUCCCCCAACUUGAAAAAGAUUGACGCAGAAGAUACAAAAAAUUACCAAACAAUAUUAUUAUGCUCUAAUGGCUUGUAUCAGGGGUUUGAUAAAAGUAGCAAAAGGUAUAAUUCCGAUUCAAGUGACAAGUGGGCGUUUAUAAAAGCUAACUAUUUUGUUGCAAAAACUUCUACAACAACAUCAGGCAGUUCUAUUUCAUUCAUUCCAUCGAAUACUAAUUCUCUAAUCGACUCCUUGAGACUAUCCAUUGCUUCAUUUCAGGCUGGUAACAAUGGGGAAUAUAAUAAGAUCAAUGCCAUUCUAGAUGAACUAGUGAAACAGAAAAAGAUUAAAAAGAAAGACUUGGGAGUAAUUUACUUGAAUAUUGGAUUGUAG